AUGGCGCUGAAUGAAUCGGCACAGUCGGUGCUGCACCGCUUCCACGACAAGCAGGCCGCCGAUCUGGGCGUCGGACGGAGGAAAAAUGAGCGUCCCAAGCUGGUGUCCGGAGUGACUAAUUUGCGCGAGUGCGAAAAAUGGCGUGGCGAUGUGCUGCGCGACAUUGACCGCAAAGUAAGUCGGAUCCAGGAUUUUGGCCUGAACGACUAUGAGAUCCGCGACUUGAACGACGAGAUUAACCAGCUCUUCCGCGAAAAGAACCAAUGGGAGCGCCAGAUUGUAUCGCUGGGCGGCGCCAAUUACUUGGGCGCUGCGCAGUGGAAUAUGGACGAGGACGGAAAUGAGAUUCCUGGCAUGCGCGGCUACAAGUACUUUGGGCGUGCAAAAGACCUUCCGGGUGUGCGUGAGCUAUUUAACCGGACUGCGGAGCAGGAGGAAGAGAUAGAGUCGUACCGCACGCAAAAGUACCGCCGUUUCCAGCACCAGAGCGGCGCCUAUUUUGGGAACGAGGACGAGCAGGACGGAAUCAUGCUUGCGGAAGAGAUUGCCUCAGAGGAGCUCGGUUGGGAGAAGGGCUGGGAACGUGUGAUGGCCAAGAUGGGGAUCGAGGACGUACCACCGCCCGCGAUCCCGCGUGCAGAGCCUGUGAAGCUGGCACUCGCGCAAGAUACCCCCGACAACGACGCUCUCGAUGCGGCGCUGCCUAUGCUAACCGCCCUUGAUGCCCAGGAGCUGAUUGCACCCAAGGUUGCGCAGCGCGAGGACAUUGAGUCGUUCCUUUUGCAGGCCAAGAAGGCUGCGCUCCGCUCCGAAUAUCUUGCUACAUAG